CACCUGAGGGGUCGAAACCCCCUCCGCCCCCCGAACACUUCCAGACCCCACACUUCCCACCGGCGGCAUGCUGUUGAACAGGAUGUCCGCAGAAGACCGCCACCUCACCUCCAGCUGCGGCUCCUUUAUCAAGACCGAGCCAUCCAGCCCCUCCUCCGGCAUCGAUGCCAUCAGCCACCACAGCCCCAGUGGCUCCUCUGACGCCAGCGGGGGCUACGGCCUGGCCAUGGGUGGCCACCCGAACGGCCUGGACUCUCCCCCGCUGUUCGCGGGCGUCGGCCCCUGCCGCAAGCGCUACGACGACUGUGCCGGCGCCAUCACGGACGACUCGCCCACCAAGUGCGAGUAUAUGCUCAACGCCAUUCCCAAGAGGCUGUGCCUGGUGUGUGGGGACAUCGCUUCUGGCUACCACUAUGGAGUGGCAUCUUGCGAGGCCUGCAAAGCCUUCUUCAAGAGGACAAUUCAAGGGAACAUUGAAUAUAGCUGUCCGGCCACGAAUGAGUGCGAGAUCACAAAACGGAGACGCAAGUCCUGCCAGGCAUGCCGCUUCAUGAAAUGUCUCAAAGUGGGAAUGCUGAAGGAAGGAGUGCGCCUGGACCGGGUGCGUGGAGGCCGCCAGAAGUAUAAGAGAAGGCUGGACUCAGAGAGCAGCACUUACCUGACGUUACAGAUCCCUCCUCCAGCUAAAAAGCCACUGACAAAGAUAGUCUCCCACCUGCUGGUGGCAGAGCCAGAGAAGAUCUACGCCAUGCCCGACCCCACCAUGCCUGAGAGCGAUAUCAAAGCCCUGACGACUCUCUGUGACCUGGCUGACCGAGAGCUAGUGGUCAUCAUCGGCUGGGCCAAACACAUCCCAGGGUUCUCAAAUCUCUCCCUGGGAGACCAGAUGAGCCUGCUGCAGAGCGCCUGGAUGGAGAUCCUCAUCCUGGGCAUCGUGUACCGCUCGCUGCCCUACGAGGACAAGCUGGUGUACGCCGAGGACUACAUCAUGGACGAGGACCACUCCCGCCUCACCGGGCUGCUGGACCUCUACUUGGCGAUCCUGCAGCUGGUGCGCCGGUACAAGAAACUCAAGGUGGAGAAGGAGGAGUUUGUGACGCUCAAGGCCCUGGCCCUUGCCAACUCAGACUCCAUGCACAUAGAAGACACGGAGGCCCUGCAGAAACUCCAGGACCUUCUGCACGAGGCCCUCCAGGACUACGAGCUGAGUCAGCGCCACGAGGAACCACGGCGGGCGGGCAAGCUGCUGCUCACCCUGCCCCUGCUGCGACAGACGGCCGCCAAGGCCGUGCAGCAUUUCUACAGCCUCAAGCUGCAGGGCAAGGUGCCCAUGCACAAACUCUUCCUAGAAAUGCUCGAGGCCAAAGCCUGACAGCCCCGGCCCGGGCCCCGAGGAGACACGGACUCUUACUCAGAGGAAUCGCGAGAGCUGCUGGCUUUUAC